UACUGCUCGAAGGGUAUAGAAAGUAUCAAUAGUCUCUUCCAUAAGAAUUGCUCUAACCCAAGGAGCAAGGGUUGGCAACUAGUCCCUUUACACUGUAUUUAAUAAAAUCCAACACUAUUGUAGAUGCAAAGCGAUGAACAAAUUUGGCACACAUCACAGAGGAGGAAAGCCACGACGCUCCGACGAAGGCGACGAGCAGCAGACAAGCUAGCGAGCAGCCCAUGGCGACGGCGAUGGCGAUCCCCAAGGUGGACCUGCGCGGUAUCGAGCCCGGGACGCCCGGGUGGGAGGAGGCCCGGGCGGCGGUGGUCGCGUCCAUGGUGGCGCACGGCUGCGUCGUGGUCGCGCACGGCGCGCUCGGGCCGGAGCUCCGGGAGGCGCUGUUCCGCCGCGCCAUGCCGGAGCUGUUCGCGCUCCCGGCGGAGGCGAAGCAGCGGAACGUCUCCAGGGUUGGCCCCUUCCGGGGUUACAUCACCAACACCCCCGGCAUGAACUGGGAGAGCAUCCGCGUCACCGACCCCGCCGACGCCUCCCGCGUCCGCGAGUUCGCCGACCUCCUCUGGCCGGACGGCAACGCCGCCUUCUGUGAGACGAUGGUGUCGGUGGGCAAGAAGAUGACGGAGCUCGGUUGGACGCUGGAGAGGAUGAUCCUGGAGGGCCUCGGCGUCCCGGAGGGCCGCAUCGCCUCGCAUCUCGCCAUGCACGAGGACGGCCUCCGCCUGUCCCGCUACGGCCCGCCGCCGGACGCGUCCACGGCCGUGUCCAUGCCGGUGCACCGCGACGACACCGUGACCACCAUCGUCGUGCAGCACGAGGUGGAGGGCCUCGAGGUGCAGCUGCCCGGCGACGGCACCUCAUGGUACACGGUGCCCCCCGAGCCCGACACCGCCACCUUCAUCGCCGGCGAGCUGUUCACGGUGGUGACGAACGGGAGGGUGCCGGCGUGCGUGCACCGCGUGAGGACGCCGAGCAGCCGCGAGCGCCUGGCGGUGCUGUUUGCCAGCCGGUGCAAGGAGGGCACCGUGGUGAGCGCCAUGGAGGAGCUCGUCGACGGCGAGCACCCGCUGGCGUACAAGCCCUGCAAGGAAGAGGAUUACAUCGCGUUCCGCCACUCGGAGGAAGGCCACAAAUUCAGCCACCCGCUCGAGGCCUUCUGCGGGGUGGAGGCUGCACAAUGAAUCCCUCGAAUUAUUAUGACGCUUAAAUAAUCAAGAGUAAAUUACACUUUAUAUUAUUGGGUAAAUAAAUGGAUCAUGUUUUACUUUGCACCAAGUUAAACACGUGUGCUUUUCAAUUUGCAACCGUUUGUAUUCAAAUAAAUUUCACUCAACAACAUAAUACAUCAUUAAUAAAAUUUCAUACAAAUAUAA